AUGUUUAAUGAUCCUGGAUGGGAGUGGACCAUGGAAUGCUGGCCAGUCACCGGUACUCGCAAGGUUGUGAAGAUGGAAGUGAGUCCAGUGAAGAAUGAAGUGAGUCCCGUGAAGUCAGAGAGUGUUGUGAAGGAAGAAAGUAGCAGACCUCGGAAGAAAGCUCGUAAAAGGUCUUCUGUUUCUGCUGAGACACCUGCGGCGGGUAGUGAAGGGAUGACGCAUCAGCAGAUUGAAAAAAAUACAAUCUCCGAGGAUUUUCAGGUGGAGCUCAAGUUACUGGCGGAUAGGAUGGUAGCUGUGGAGAAGAAGGUGGGAAUCACCAACAGAGGGGGUUCAUCUGAUGAUCGUCAACUUACAACCACUUCAAAUCCACCAAAACCUGUUGAAGAACCCGGCGUUAGUACCAAAACCUCUCCCAAAAUUGCAGAGAAGAGAGUCACUAGGCAAAGUAGUGAAAGUGUGAAUGGGGCGAAAGCAGGACAGAAGGAAGCCAAAGAACCGAGUCUUACUACAGAACCGAGUUCCUCGAGAGAGCUCUGUCUUGUGAGUCCUGCAGACAACUUACCGAGUGAUGAUCCUAGCCUUCUUAUAUUGGAAAAACAAGUUUCCACCGCUUCAGAUUUACUCGUUGAAGAAGCUAGAAGGCAGACAAAGAAGGAGACUGCUUUGGUGAAUCUCCGUAAAAAAAGUGUGCGAGAAAGGAAGCUUGCUCCCACACAGCAAACUCCUUUUAAGGGAAACAGCACUGCCAAACAGAUCAUUCCAAACAAACAGGUUGCCGGAGGCUAUGAUCCUUUUGCACCCUAUGACAAGAUGAAGUCGAAGGAGCUCACUGCAUGGCAAAUGGAUGCUUUUAUUAAUCUACUGAGGCAACGGUACCAAAACCAUCCAGAACAUUUCAGGAGCGACAGAAUGUGCUUUCUUGAUCAUGUAUUUUCUCGGCAGUGGAGGGCCUCCUACCCUGAUUUUAAGAGCGACGCUCCUGAUGCCAACGGUUUAGGAAGAAGACUCCCUGGUGGGGCGUGGAAUUAUCAUGCAGGCUUGAUACCUUCUUUUUGCCAAUCUAAGAAGGUUUGGGGGGUGGAUGUGGAUGAUAUCUAUGCACCUGUGAACUUCAAGAACCAGCAUUGGAUUGCUAUAUGGAUAUCGAUCCCUAAGAGGCACAUCGUCGUCUGGGACAGCAUUGUCUCUCAUAUUAGCUCUGAAGAACUCGAUGAGGUAAUGGAGCCUUUUGUCACAAUGGUCCCUUAUCUGCUUGUUGAGUGCGCGCUCUCUGACGAACAAAAGGUUCAAUACACAUUGGAGCCAUACACAUAUGCGAGACAAACCGUUGGAGUACCUCAGUGCCGAGCUGGUGAUUGUGGCACCUUCACUCUGAAGUACAUCGAAUGUCAUGCUCUUGGGAUAGAAUUUCCCACCGCGUUUGACAAAAAACACGGGAAGACCAUCAGGGAGAAGAUGGUGCUGGAUAUAUUUCGAGAGCUUCCUAUGUGCCAUGAAUGGGAAAACCAAGACAAUGAUGAGAACCUGGCAACGUAUGAUUAG